GGUCAGAAUUGAUGUCGGUGAGUUGAUAUGGCGUUGUAUGAUGCCGUGGUCGUGGGGGCUGGGAUAGAGGGGUCAGCCACGGCCUAUAACCUUGCUAAAAAUGGUCUGAAAACUCUACUUCUGGAACAGUUUCCGCUCCCCCACUCGAGAGGGAGUUCGCAUGGGCAGAGCAGAAUUACUCGAGUAGCCUACGGGGAGGACGACCAUUAUGCCAACAUGAUGAAAGAAGGAGGUAAACUGUGGCGGGAACUCGAACGAGAGUCUGGAUCUUCCCUAUUUUUAAACUGCGGUUGUCUUGCUGUUGGUACGCCGGAUCACCCUUUCAUCAAGGGUACUGUAUCAUCACUGACUCGGCACAGAGUAAACCACGACAUCCUUAGUUACGAGAACCUGAAGACCAGGUACCCGAUGCUGUCGUUACCCUCCGAUCACACCGGAGUGUUGGACUACAGUGGCGGUGUUCUCAUGGCAGAUAAAGCCCUGCAGGCAUUCCAGAACAUGUACGUCCAGUAUGGCGGUGAGUUGCGAGACGGCGAGAAAGUGACCAAAAUUAUACCGAAUUCUGACGUCACUGUUAUUACGUCAAAAGGACAGUACAAAGCCAGAAAGCUCGUUCUCACUGUUGGCCCUUGGGCAACAAAACUCCUGCCUCAACUUGGUAUACGUAUUCCACUUGAGGUUGUACUUAUUUCUGUACUCUACUGGAAAGAGAAAAACAAAGGAGAAUUUUCUUCUGAUCGUUUUCCAGCUUUCAUCCAUGAUGGAGAAGACGUUCAUGUUUACGCACUCCCUAGUCUAGAAUAUCCUGGACAUGUCAAAGUCUGUCUACAUGUUGGUCCUGUGACUGAUCCUGACACUAGAGAUAAAGCAGAAUCUCGGGAUGUCAUCAAAGAGAUGCAGCAAUAUGUCAGCAAGUACAUGCCAAGUCUGGAAAAUACACCCUCCAUUAUCGAAACCUGCAUGUAUACAAACACUCCUGACCAACAGUUUGUGUUGGACCGCCAUCCUGCCUGGAAAAAUAUAAUAAUAGGAGCAGGUUUUUCAGGACAUGGUUUCAAACUAUCCCCAGUGGUGGGGAAAGUGUUGUGUGAGAUGGUAAUGGAUAGAUCUCCUUCAUAUGACCUUACGCCAUGUCGGAUAGAUCGGCUCUUACAUCCUAAGUCACAACUGUAGAACACCUUACUCCAUGUCGGAUAGAUCGGCUCUUACAUCCUAAGUCACAGCUUUAGAACACCAGAAUAAUUUACCCAAGACUACUAGCUCUUUAUCAUCUCAAUACAUCAUCAAAUCCUUGUCUGAUGUUCUCACUUUCAAAUCUUGGUAUAUUUUGGCAGCAAUGUACAACCAUCUUAUUUUGUCAAGAAUUAGCUCAAAUAUUUACAUUUUAAACCAAGUAUAUUCCGUGUCAAAGUACAUUUGAUGUCAUCAAAACUGUUUACUGAAUUUUAAAAACAGCAAAGACUUGUUUGAUUUUGUAUCAAUUCAAAAUAAAAUUGCAAUUUUUAAUUUCCAAGACAAACUGUACCUAGACUGCAUCAUUGAUUUAAAACCUGUACAUGUACAUGCAUAUUACUGUAACAUUCAAAAUAAAAUCUUGAAACAUU